GUGAAAUUCGAGACGUCAUCGUGAUUGCUUGUGAGUGACAAAAAAUAUUUUGCAAAGAUAUUUUCGGGGCGGAUUUCCUCGCGUUUUCCGCACAAAAUGGCUUUCGUGGCGGAAAUGAAGAUGCUCCUCGCGUGUCGGGGCUCCUUUGGCCAGAUUCGCUUCGCCUCCCAAGCGGCCGGCGCCAUGGUGAAGGAGUUCCAGGUGUACCGCUGGAACCCAGACGAGCCGUCGAAGAAGCCCUUCAUGCAGACGUACAAGGUGGACCUGAAGGAGUGCGGCCCCAUGGUGCUGGACGCCCUCAUCAAGAUCAAGAACGAGAUGGACCCCACGCUCACCUUCCGGCGCUCCUGCCGCGAGGGCAUCUGCGGCUCGUGCGCCAUGAACAUCGGCGGCACCAACACGCUGGCGUGCAUCUGCAAGAUUGACCGUGACACGGGCAAAGCGGCCAAGAUCUAUCCGCUGCCGCACAUGUACGUGGUGAAGGAUCUCGUGCCGGACAUGAAUAACUUCUACAAGCAGUACAAAUCGAUCCAGCCGUGGCUGCAGCGCAACGACACGAGCGAGAAGAAAGGCGAUGCUCAGUAUUUGCAGUCGGUUGAGGAUCGCGCCAAGCUGGACGGUCUGUAUGAGUGCAUCAUGUGCGCCUGCUGCUCCACAUCGUGUCCAUCGUACUGGUGGAACAGCGACAAGUAUUUGGGGCCGGCGGUGCUCAUGCAGGCCUAUCGCUGGAUUAUCGAUUCGCGUGACGAGAAGACGGAGGAGCGUCUGGAUCGCAUGCGUGAUCCCUUCAGCGUCUACCGGUGCCACACCAUCAUGAACUGCAGUCGCACAUGUCCCAAGGGCCUCAAUCCCGGACAGGCUAUUGCUGAGGUGAAGAAGCUCAUGUCUGGCCUGGCCAAGAAGGGCGAUCCCGGACUCGAGACGGCCGCGAUGCACAAGAAGUAGCCUUGUGACUUAGCUAAAGCGAUUUCAAUAUGAUAAUUUAUAUAGCAGAUCACCGCGAGAGGAGUGUAAAGAGUGGAAAAGCAAGAAAAGCGAGAAAUAAAUUGUGUUUCGGCACGUGAUUUCGUUGAUAUAUUGAAA